UUAGCAAAGUCCAGCAUCAUUUCUCCUACUGCAUUCAUGUCCUGAACACCAAACUCCUCCAUCCCUUCCUCAUCUCGGCAUGUCUGUUAAAACCGGCUCCAACCACCGCUCUCCCCCCUAUAAGGGUUGAUAAAAUGUCCCGACCAAGGUCCAGAUCACCAAAUUACAGGAGGCUUCCAUCGGGGCAGCGGGACUUCAGUCCUGACAGAGUCCUUUCAGAUCGGAAACACCACGACCCUUUUCCAGAUGACCCUCGAUUUGGACCCCAGCAUCACCUAGACCAGGGCAGGUUACCCACCUGCAGACCCCCCCCACCUCCUGAUCCAAUGUACUACGACAAGAGAAGGCUGUCCCCCCCGAGAGUCGGGGGGUAUGAGGUAGACCGACACAGAGGAGAAACCAGAGAACACGUUCAGAGAAAUGAAAAUAGGCGCCGGUCGCCUGCGUGGUCACAGAGGGAAGAGUUUUCAUUCAGAGGUCAUCAUCAGAGAAAGCCCGGGAUGACCUGGAGGGGAGAGGAUCAGGGCCGAGGCCGGGGGGGUUUCAGAGACUCGAGCCCCGGCAUGAGGCCAGAUGAGGGAAGAGGAGGACACAGAGGAAGAUGGACUGGUCAAGGUCCUAACGGCGGUAGAUUCAGAGACGGCCUCCAUCAUGAGAGAGGAGCCCCUUUGAAAGGACCAAGGAGAGAAAUGGAUGAACAUCCGGGGUACAGAGAUGAAAACUCAGGGGACGCAGCCAGAGGUGGGUUUGGAGGGGGGAGUCGGGGGAGCUUUCCCCACGGACAUCAUCGGCGCUCAAGCCCCGGAGAUCUGGGUCACAGCAGAGAGUUGUCCGAGUGGGAACGCUUGGAGAACUAUGGGCCACAUGAACCCCACUUUGAUCGACAGAGGAGUCCCCGUUCACAGGAGCGAUUCAAGGGCCCCCACAGCAGGGGUGAGGGGCGAGGACAUGCUCAAGGUCACCGCUUUGAUGAUCACAUGGGGGACCCGAACUGUCGUGAUGCAAGAAAAGAGCCCGCCUUUCAGGAAGGACCAGAUAACGUGAGAUACGGGAACAGAGACCGUCCCUUUCACCAUAGGGGGUCGUGGGGGGCGAGUAGGACGCACUACCAAAGAGGAGGCGGAAGAAAUGAUUACCACAGGAAUCAGCCACAUCUACAGCAUUCCUACCAGGAUUCAGCCCCCAAAGAGAGACCCGCUCACCACCCCUUCAGGAACGAGGUUCCGGGUCCCCCUAAGGGGGAGGAGCCCGGCUGGGCUGAAGGACACAGACGCCGGCAGUGGGUGGCGGACGCGCCCAGAAGCUCAGAAGAUCUGGACCCCAAAAUGCCGCGUCAGAGGAUGGAGCGUGGAUGGAGCGUGCGCAAAGACGACGGCAUGGCGGUUCAAACGGAGGAAACCCUCACCAUCAAAGUGGACAUGAGUCGACCCAUCAGCCAGAAAAGCCCUCUGUGCUACUCCUCAGACAGGCAGCUCUCUCUGGACCUGGUCAACGUGGGGCGCCAGAGACUGGACUUCCUGCCCGCGCUGCAGCACUCUGGAGCGCACCAGGAGAGCAGCGUGCGCAUGAGCGCGUUUGCCCAGGAGAUCAUCACGCUGGUGCAUCUGGUCAAAGAACAGUACUUCAGCGGGGACGGGUUGACGCUGAGCGAGCGCUUCUCUGCGCCGCAGUCGGCAGAACUGUCUGAGGACGCGGAGGAGCUGACGCUGAACCAGCGCUUCAGCUCGAACCGAGGCUUCAGCAUGAAUCUGGACUCCGUCCUUGACGAUGAGGAGCCCACUCAGGGGCUGAGCAAGCCGCCACUGCGAGGCCCCGGAGACCUGAGACACGACCUAGAGAGGAGGCGACAGGAGAAGCUGGAGGGAGUCAAAGUGACCAUCCUGGGAAACAGCAUUUCCCAGCAUGCUUUGGGGGCAGACAGCGAGCUGAACGACGCGGCGCAGAGCGAGUGGGCAGGGCAGCAGAGGAGGAGGCUGGAGGGCAGUAUGGGGCCGAGGAGAGGAGCUCCAAACCGUUUGAAUGCAGGUCCUCCACGCAGAAACUUCCGCAUCCCGUAUCAACGGCACGGGGGCCCUGCAGGUCCAAACUGGUGAUGGGAUCAUCUCCAUGUGGGAUCGCAGCUGCAUCCUGGGAAAUUUGAAGUAUUGUUCAUGCAGAAGAUUUCAAUAAGAAAGAAAUGUGGUUUUGUUUUCCAUCCUCCGUAAGUUUUGAGUCUGAGGUUUUACUUCAUGUUUGUUUAGAUUUGAUUCAAACGGAUCCUGGAUUGUUUCUAAUAAACAUGAUUGUUCUAAAA